GCGAAGGCGACCGCCUGCGACGACUGCGCCGCGGGGUCGUUCCAGCCGAACGCUUCGGCCGUCGCCUGCGCCCUCGCGCCGCCGGGGUCCUACGUGCCGAGCGCCGGCGCGCGGAGCGCCUCGCUCUGCUUUGCGGGCUACGUGUCGUCGUCGCCGGGCGCGACGUCGUGCGAAAGCUGCGCGGCCGGGCGCUACUCCGCGGCCGCCGGAAGCUCGAAAUGCGAAAACUGCACCGCGGGUCGGUACUCGAGCCUCGACGCGUCCAUCGGCUGUUCCGCGUGCCCGGCGGGCCGCUUCGCAGCCGGCACGGGGGCGGAGAUUUGCGAGCCCUGCCCCGACGGCACUGACUCGCCGGAGGCC